CGUGUCUGGUCGCUCCCCUCUCGUCCUCCAUGCUCCGUCCUCCUCACUCACACCUUUCUCCUCGAGCUGAACACCGGCCAAUGCUUCACAGCAGCCCUGCCCUGGGUGUCUGUCCCAUGCGUGGGAAGCACAACAAAAUCAAGGGCUUCACUUGAGAGCGUCCAGAGGAGCGACAGAAAGGGUUGCAGUCCUUUUGCAUCCUCUUCACUUUGAAUUUGUUUGACACUUACCCAUCGGACGAGGGGCUCCAAUUUCAGAGAAAAUCUCAGCGCAUAACGUUUUGAACACGGAGGACAAAAAGACGACAGCGUGGAGAUGAUGAACGAGUCUCUGGUGGUGAACGACUCCUUUGCGACUCCUGCGGCUGGAGAAUCUCUCCCAUGGAUGGAGGCUGAUUCUUCGGAGCACAACGGCAGUCUGGAGUUCUCCACCACCCCGUUAGAUUCGCCCAUCAACCCGUGGGACAUUAUGCUUUGCAUGUCAGGCACCGUCAUCGCCUGUGAGAACGCCAUAGUUGUAGCAAUCAUCUUCUACACGCCGACACUAAGGACUCCCAUGUUUGUGCUGAUUGGGAGCCUGGCCACAGCAGAUCUGCUGGCCGGCAUGGGACUAAUCCUGAACUUCGUGUUUCAGUAUGUGAUCUCCUCUGAGACUAUCAGCCUUAUCACUGUAGGCUUCCUGGUGGCCUCCUUCACUGCGUCCAUCAGCAGCCUUUUGGCCAUAACAGUGGACCGUUAUUUCUCCCUCUACAACGCCCUGACAUACUUCUCAGAGAAGACACUGCAGUACGUACAUCUGAUGUUACUGGGAACCUGGGGGGUGUCUCUGUUUCUGGGCUUGCUGCCAGUGCUCGGCUGGAACUGCUUGGACGAUCCGGCCUCCUGCAGCAUCGUUCGCCCUUUGACACGGAGCAACGUCACGCUACUGGCCACCUCCUUCUUCAUCAUCUUUGUGCUCAUGCUGACGCUCUACUUCAAGAUUUGCAAGAUUGUGUGCCACCACGCCCACCAAAUCGCCCUCCAGCAGCACUUUUUUGCCACGUCGCAUUACGUCGCUACUAAGAAGGGGGUCUCCACUCUGGCCAUCAUCUUGGGGACAUUUGGUGCCAGCUGGCUGCCCUUCGCAAUCUACUGCCUGGUAGGCGAGAGGGAGUAUCCAUCAGUGUACACCUAUGCUACGCUGCUGCCAGCCACCUACAACUCCAUGAUUAACCCCAUCAUCUACGCCUUUAGGAACACAGAGAUCCAGCGCUCCCUCCAUGUGCUUCUCUGCGGCUGCUUUCAGUCCAACAAGGCCUACCGUUCCAGAUCACCAAGUGAGGUCUAAACAGGUGCUAGGGCUCUUUUUGUGUGAGUGUAUGUGUGUGUAUGUGUGUGAAAAAAGACGGAGCAAAAAGACAAAUCACUCUGUGACCAUUGACAAUCUGCUUACAGUUGACAGUGAAUGCUUUUGGGGGCGACCGUGGGUUAAGAGGGUUGUCUGGGAACCGGAAGGUCAACGGUUUGAUCCUCGACUGGGACGUGU